UUUUUUUGUGAAAAAGGAAUUAAAUCCCCCGCGAUUAUAAUAAAGCAGAACGAGUGCCAAUUGACGCAAUGGAGGAUCGCUGGCCGGCGAGGGGUGUUCAAGAGCGUCUGGGGAUGUUUCGUCGAGGUUGCCAGACAGACCAAUCCGGACAAGCGUGAUUGUCACCGCUUGCUUACCUCAGCCGGAACAGAGCCGCAACCUCAACGGGCCGCCGAGGUCGGGGUUUGUCGUAUCUCAAUCUCCUUCGUCUUGCGUCGGUGAGGAAAUCGUCAUCAAUCUAUCGAGUUAUUCUAUAUACACUACUCCGGGGAGUUUCUGUCUCAUCCUCUUUCUUUACAUACACACCCUUUGGAGAAUUCGUCUCCGUCCUCCCCUCUUCACUCCACUCCGUCUCCUUUGAUAUCAAAAUGUCGUCUCGCGUCGGUUUCCGCUUCCUCAACAACGCCCGGGCUGCGUUCCGCAACACAGCUGGUCCCUUCCGCCGGCCUGGUGCCCAGGGACGUCGCUUCCAGAGCUCCGAUGCUGGAGCCAGCACCGCCGAGCAACAGAGCACUUUCCAGCGUCUAUGGAACAGCCCCGUCGGUGUCAAGACUGUGCAUUUCUGGGCCCCUGUUAUGAAGUGGGCUCUGGUUAUUGCUGGUAUCUCCGACUUGGGCCGUCCCGCUGAGAAGCUGUCCCUCACCCAGAACGGUGCCCUGAUGGCCACCGGAGCCAUCUGGACUCGCUGGUGUCUGAUCAUCAAGCCCCGCAAUGUUCUGCUUGCUACUGUCAACUUCUUCCUCGGAUGCGUCGGUGUCGCUCAGGUUUCUCGUAUCAUCAUGUACCGCCGUAGCCUGAAGGACGGCUCCACGACAGAAGCUGCCAAGGAAUUGACGGGCGAGGCCGCCGACUCUGCCAAGGCUGUCGCCGAGAAGGCCGAAGCCGUUGUUGAGAAGAAGUCUAACUAGAUUAUCUAGCUGCAAUAAAGCGUAGUGUACUAUGGCACCGAACAAAUCGAAUCACUUCAACAAUAGAGGGGGUCAACAUGUUUCUAUCGAGGAGGUUUGCGAUAGACGGUCACAGUUGAAAAAGAAAAGCGUUGUCUGCUUCAGGGAUCCUCAGCAGACCUAACGUAUACCACUGUACAUAGGUAUUAUAUAUCGAGAACAAUAUGUUUGAAUUGGAUCCAUUGAGCUGGGGAGGUCAGGUUGGCUGCUUCAUCAAUAGUCAAUUGGUUUUAAAUCAAUUGACAAAACAUAGGGCAUUGAACUGAAACCUCGAGAAACUCACUGGAGUUCAGUCGAUAUCAUAUGGAUAUCCAUAUUUAUAUGAAACACUAUGUCUGCUAGGAAUAACCAAAAUCAUCUCUUUACAAUUAAAUAAGCCGAGGAUCCCUCGUCACACCCAAUAUCCGUGAAACCUCAUGUCAG